GUUUUCCUCAAUCACAGAGAGAGAGAGAGAAAAAACAAAGCACUGUUCAUGAAAGAAAAAAAAAGCAGAGCUAUAAAUGCGAGUCGGUUUAUGUGGUUUCUUUUCACCUUCUCUUAACGACUAAGCAUACACACAACAAAGUCUCGCUAACCUCUCCUUCUACCCCUUCUUCCUUUUUUUCUUAUAUAUAUAUAUAUAUAAUCGUGUGUGUGUGUGUGUGUGUGUGUGUGUGGGGUAUGUGAAUAUUCACAUAUACACGCAUAAAUCUUCCUUGGUUUGCUUGAACUAGGCUCAUCUUUGAAUCAAACCCACGACCCAUUUGUUUGAUUUGUAAUCGAUGGAGGUUUAUGGAUACCCAUCUCAUUCUCUGCCUUCCUUGUCCUCUGCAUCUCCUUCAUUUUCGUUUGGGAAUUUGGUCGAAAAGGUUAGAGACUUCUUCGGAUUUGCGGUUUCUGCAAUUAUUGGGAAUAUAUUCUCUGCCAUCUUCACCUUCUUCUUCGCAUUAGUGGGUACUUUAUUAGGAGCCAUGACUGGAGCUUUGAUAGGCCAAGAGACCGAGAGCGGGUUCGUACGCGGCGCUGCUGUUGGAGCCAUCUCUGGAGCUGUUUUCUCCAUUGAGGUUUUUGAAUCUUCACUUCUUCUCUGGCAAUCAGAUGAAUCUGGAAUUGGCUGUCUGCUUUAUCUGAUUGAUGUACUUGCAAGCCUUCUAAGCGGUAGACUUGUCCGAGAGCGAAUUGGCCCGGCCAUGCUAAGUGCAGUGCAAAGCCAGAUGGGUGCUGUUGAACCGAGCUUCGAUGACAUCCCCAAUUUCUUUGAUAUUGGGGGGUCUAAGGGUUUGCCCGGAGAUUCAGUUGAAAAGAUCCCAAAGAUCAAAAUCACUAGCAAUAACAAUGUCGAUACCUCUGGGGAGAAAGUUUCAUGUUCAGUAUGCCUUCAGGACUUUCAGGUUGGAGAGACUGUUAGAAGUUUGCCUCAUUGUCAUCACAUGUUUCACCUACCUUGCAUUGAUAAAUGGCUGGUGAGACAUGGUUCUUGCCCAUUAUGCAGAAGAGAUCUUUAGGUUAUUAUUUUAAUGUAAAUUAUGGAACAAGAAGAGUUCUUUUAUUAUUCCUUGUUAGUCCUAGGAUUACUCUGUUUUGUUCUUAAAAAAAAAAAAACACUUGGGUAUACCUUUUUUUCCUGACAACCUUGUGUAAUUAGUUUGAGUGCGUGACAUAACAUGAGCUGGGUCAUUGUAUUUUAUCAUCAGUCUGUAUAAAACUUUCCAAGUUUUGGAUGAAUUUUAUUGCCCCUCUUUAAUUA